AUGUCCAUUAUAGAUUUAGAAGAUUCUAUUGCUUCUACUAUUGAUCUAACAGCAGAUAUAAGUGAGAAUGAGAAUCUUUUACCAUUUUUGAAAUUACGUAAGUAUUUUACUUUAUGUGAAAUGGAUGAAAGCAACUCUUAUAAUAUGAUCAGCACCAAAUGCCGUCUAUGUAAGAAGAUAAUAUCAUCUUCCAAAAUAUCGUCCUCGAACUUAAAGAGACAUUUACAAAAAAAGCACAGUGAAUUUAAAAAUGAGAUUACCAAACACCUCAACGAAUUCUCUACACAAAAAAAUAUAUCACUGCAAAACCAAAGUGGUUCUGGUUGCAAAUCCAGACAAUCUAAAUUAAAUUUUAACAAUCUAAACAUUCCAGCUGUAUCGCAAAAAACAGCAGACAAGGUUAUCAUGAAUUUUAUUAUUGACACCUUCCAACCACUGUCUCUGGUUGAUGAUCCUUCAUUUGAAAAAAUGAUUAAAACUUUUUCUCAUGCGACAAAAAUUAUUUGUCGCCAAACACUGGGCAACAGGAUAUCUACUUCCUUCUCUUAUAUGACGACAAAUCUUAUAAGAGAUUUGUCUGAAGUUUCAUGCACCACUGCUGAUUGUUGGAGUGGGCAUCGAAGGGCUUUUAUUGGACUUACUGCACAUUGGCUGGAUCCGUUAACCCUCAAGAGAAGGUUAGCCGCUUUGGCACUAAGGAGGAUAAUUGGGAGGCAAACAUAUGAUGUUUUGGCCAACGAAAUCAUGGUUUUUGGAGAAAAUGAAGAAGAUAGUAGUGAGGAUAUGGAAUUGAUAAAUUUGGAUGACAUAUUAUCCGUUGAUGACCCAAUUAUUCCUACUAUCAGCCUACCAAAACAUCAACGUUGUUGUUGCCAUAAUCUUAAUCUUAUUGCAACAACAGAUGCGGAGAUGGCAGAUAGUUGA